AUGGCCACCAACGAAUCCCAGUUGGGCAAGGAGUAUGAAGUAGCUGAAGAGAAGCAAAAGCACAUUACUUCGACUGUCAACUACGACGAAAAGAACUCACAUGAUUCUGAUAUAGCCUCUUUGAGUGGCAGUGAUGGGUUUGAGGAUGAAGAUUACGACAUAAAUGAUCCCAGAAACUGGUCAACUAAAUAUACUGACGAACAUAAUCCCAAUGGAUUAAGAAGACCUAGUAAGAAAGAAGCUGCAACAUUGAGAAGAAUCUUAGGUAGGGCUGAUUAUUCUGUCUAUUUGCUUUGCGCUGCAGAGUUGGCAGAAAGAGCUUCCUAUUAUUCGGUAAGUGGUAUCUUGAGUAACUUCAUAGAAUAUCCAUUGCCAGAAGGAAGUACUACUGGUGCACCAAAGCUGCACAGUUCAAGUCAAACUGCCGGUGCUUUGGACAUGGGGUUGUCGGCCUCAUCAGCCUUAACCCUUUUGUUGACUUUCUUGGCUUAUGUUGUUCCCUUGUAUGGUGGUUUCGUUGCUGAUACUCAACUUGGUAAAUUCAAGAGUAUUUGGAUUGGUGUUUUCUCAGGAUUCAUUGCCCACAUUUUGUUGGUCAUUGCUGGUAUUCCUAAGGUUAUCGCCGAGGGACAUGCCAUUGUGCCUACCGCCCUAGGCAUCAUAACUUUGGCUAUCGGAACUGGUUUCAUUAAGCCUAACUUACUUCCUUUAUUGAUGGACCAAUAUCCAGAAAAAACUGAUGUGAUCAAGGUUCUUCCAAGUGGUGAAAGCGUUAUUAUUGAUCGCCAAAAGUCUUUGGAAAGAAUGGCCUUGGUAUUCUACUGGGCCAUUAACAUCGGUGCCUUCUUCCAGUUGGCUACAUCGUAUAUUGAGAGAAGAAUUGGUUUCUGGUUUGCUUUCUUCAUUCCAAUUAUCGUUUAUCUUUUCUUGCCUGUCAUUUUCUUUGUUUUGCAAAAGAAGUUAGUGAAGGAGCAUCCCCAAGGUUCUGUCCUCACAAACACAUUCAAGAUCUUACGCGUUAGUUACAGAGGAAAUUGGAUCAAAAGAAUGAGAGAAGGUACCUUUUGGGAAUAUGCUAGUCCAGCAAAGAUGGCUGAAAGGGGCCAGAUAUAUUACAAAACUAAGACCCAGUCUCCUAUCACCUGGAACGAACAAUGGGUUUUAGAUAUUAAGCAAACUUUCAACUCUUGCAAAAUUUUCAUCUAUUUCCCAAUUUACAAUAUCUGUGACUCUGGUUUAGGAAGUGUUGAGACUUCUCAAGCAGGUUCUUUGACCACUAAAGGUGUUCCAAAUGACUUAUUCGGUAACUUCAACCCAUUGACUAUCAUUAUUUUGAUCCCAAUUUUGGAUUACAUUAUUUAUCCUACUUUGAGAAGAUAUAAAAUAGAUUUCAAACCUUCUUACAGGAUCGCUUUCGGGUUUUUGUUGGCAGCAGCUUCUCAAGCUGCUGGUGCCAUUAUUCAGAGAAGAAUUUACAAUACUUCUGCAUGUGGAGAUUAUGCUACUACUUGUAAAACACCUUCUCCAAUUUCGGCAUGGGUUGAUGUGACGGUUUACAUUCUUUCGGCUGCAAGUGAGUGUUUUGCAAAUGUUACUGCUUAUGAGUUGGCCUACACCAGAUCCCCACCCCACAUGAAGGGUCUCGUUAUGGCAUUGUUCUUGUUUACCUCUGCGAUUUCAGCAGCAAUUGGUGAGGCUAUUACUCCAGUGAUGAAUGAUCCACAUUUAGUUUGGGUUUUUGGAUCCUUUGCUAUUAUUGGUACGGCUUCUGCGAUCCUCUUCUUCUUCCACUUCAGAAACUUGGAUAAGGAAAUGGAAUACGAAAGAGAAGUGAGAGAAAGAUUUGAACAGAUCGAUGCUCAUAGAUAUCCGGAUGCUGUUGUCAACGAGGCUAAUUUGGAAGCAGUCACUUCUAUAAAAACUGCUGUGGGUAAAUAA